AUGGGUCGCCUUUCCAGUAUCGUUGCCUUCACGAUAGCCACGCUUGCUGCGUUUGCCCAUGCCCAAGAUCUGGAAACUUGCCUCGAGUCGGCCGGCCUCAUCACGUCUUUCCCCAAGACCAACGCAUCAUUUCCCGACGAUAUACGUUCAUGGAAACGCCGUAUCACCCCAACUACGGCUGGUGUUGCCUGGCCAAGGACCGCUGACGAGAUCGCCGCCGCCCUUGCCUGCGCGAGGGAGGCCAAGGUCCUCGCCGCCGCCCGUGAUCCAGGCCACUGCUAUGGCUCGUACAGCCUGCCCAACGCCGGCCUCACCAUUAACAUGACCAACUUCCAGGAGCUGCUUUGGAAAACUCACAGCGCCCGGUUCCCCCACGCUCACGCCAACAUGGUCGGCCUCGUUGGAUCCUCCAUCGGUGGCGGGUUCGGCUCGCUGUCCCGCAUGCUCGGAACCCCGAUGGACUAUCUCGAGGGCGCCACGUACAUGCUCUUUAACGGCACUGUCGGGAAGACAUCCCGCACGGAGAACCCCGAUCCCUUCUGGGCUCUUCAGGGUGCCGGCAGCUCAUACGGGAUCAUCUUCAAUAUGACGAUCCAGACCUGGAAGCCAACGUACCAGCAGGCCAUCAACUACACCAUCACCCUCACUGACAGCUCCCUCGAAACCGGCUUUGAUGCCCCCCUUGCCAUCCAGGACCACUACCUCGCCGGCCGGUGGCCCGAUGAGCUGAUCAUGCACUGGUCGCUCACAACCCCUCCCUACACCGGCUCUGGCUUCUACUGGGGCAACCCCGACGACUUCGACACGCUUCUCAAGCCCCUCAUCGACAAGCUCCCGAGCGUCACCCAGCUCACCCGCACCAACGGCCUCGAGCCUCUGAUUCUCAGGAGGCAGCUGGCGGCUGAGGGUGUGCCUCUGCGCGGCUUUGUCAACUAUCGUGACACCGCCCUUACCGUCGACCAAUCGAGCGAGCGGUUGUACUGCAAGAGCUACGCCAAUGUCCAAAAGAUCAAGACUGUGUAUGGCCCCAAGGGCAUGUUCACCGCUCACCCCCAGAGCAUUCCUCUCCUUGGCCAGCAGCCUCCUCCUGCCGUGAACUAA